CAGGAACACUUCAAUUAUUCAACAUUCAAAGAAUAUCUGUUUACUUACCGCUGUCCUGACGAAGAAAUUGUCAUCUCGAUCUCACCAUGAAGUGUCUGCUUGUCCUUGCUCUUCUUUGUGCUGCUGCUUAUGGCCAGAUGUGCAAUGGAGGCAUGAGAGGCAUUCACGGGAUGAGAGGCAAUCACGGCAUAGGAGGCAUGCGUGGGUCGGGAGGCAUGAGCUUGAUGAGCAUGGUGGGAUGCAUGUGUAUAGAGCGUCUGGCACGGGAUCAGGUGGGUGCCAUGCUCGCUGAACAUCCAACCUUGACGGUGGCCGAGUGUGAAGCCAGGUGUGACGCCCUCUUCGUGCUUGACAGUGUUCCAUCAGAUGAGGCGCUCACCGAUGCAGCUUGCGCCAAUCAGUGUCAGGCACAAAUUAAUGUGGCCACUGAGGCCCCAGAGGUGUAAACCUUGAGACGACUGAAAGGUCAGGGGAGGCAAUCGUCACAGAUGAGUAGCGGAUUAGCCCCAGCACCAGAACUUACGUCCCCUUAAAAUACUUAGCUACGAUGGGUGUUAAAAUGAACUCAUAUGAAUAAAAAAAA